AUAAAAGGCGGGCUGCGUGUCAGGGGGGGGACAUUCUCAGAUUGACCAAAGGCCACCGGCAGCUCUCUUCUCCACCACAACACCCACCAUGGCAGAGAGACGUAUCCCUUUCACGAUGCUCCGCACCCCGAGCUGGGACCCCUUCCGCGACUGGAACCCGACCAGCCGCAUCUUCGACCAGACCUUCGGGAUGCCCGCCACCGUGGAGGACUUCCCCACCACCCACUGGCCGGGCUACAUGCGGCCUUCCAUGAUGCCCGCGGAGAUGGCCGCCAUGAUUCCCCACACGCCCAUCAUGUACCCGGGCGCCGUCAUGGCCCAGCAGGCUCGCGCCCUGUCCCGCCAGAUGAGCAGCGGCGUUUCGGAGAUCAAGCAGACCCAAGACAACUGGAAGGUGUCUCUGGACGUCAAUCAUUUCUCACCUGAGGAGCUGGUAGUCAAGACCAAGGAUGGCGUCGUGGAAAUUACUGGCAAGCAUGAAGAGCGUAAGGACGAACACGGUUUUGUAUCUCGAUGUUUCACCAGGAAAUACACCCUCCCCCCGAGCGCCAACGUGGAGAAGGUGACCUCCUCCUUGUCACCUGACGGCGUGCUGACAGUGGAGGCCCCUCUCGCCAAGCCGGCCAUCGAGGCCGCAGAGACCUCCAUACCUGUCGUCACUGCGGACAGCAAAAGUGGGGCGGUGAAGAAAUAGGAGGCUCACGCACAAAUCCACGCAUGCCAAUAGUUUUUUUUAACGGCAACAAAGAGCUGAGCAGAGAGCACCUUGUUUUAUGUCUGUUGAUGUUCUACCGAGCACACGCUGCCCCGCCUUUCUACGCCUGACUUCCAAAAAGCAGACCGAGCCUGAUGGAUGUCUGCAAAUAGACUUCUUUCAUCCUGAUUUAGGAAAGAGAAAGUAACAAAGCAAGAAUAAAGAUGCAAUGACCUA